AUGGGAGGCAGAAACUCUACAGAAUAGCAAAUUCCACCUUAGUAUGCUCAUUUGUCAUAGAAUUCUAGAAAUCAAAACUUAUUAAAUUAGCUCUACUCAUAAAAUUAGCUAAAUGUUGACUAAUAUUAUCAUAACCAAGGUUAUUAGGGUCCAAGAUAAGGACAGUUAAGAGGAGUUAAUACAGAAAUUAAAGUUUAAAAAACAAUACCAAUUAAAGCAGAGCUCAUAAUCAAUAAGAACUCUUUAAAAUUACAAAAAGUGAGUGAUAAAUUGUAUUACUUAAAUUUCGAAUAUAGCUUUGAUGUUGAAGCCGAUGUUUCUAUUUUCUAUGGAGGACUUGAUCAUAUAGAUGAUAAAACAAAUACCACAUAAAGGAUUGAAAACAAAACUGGUGAGAAGUUAGGCAAUAACACCUUCAGAAUUCCUCCUGGAAAGAAUUAGAUAUGGGAUGGCUCAAAAUACCCACUUGAUUUGUCUAAAGUUUCAAAAAGUUAGUUACUUAAAUUUGAUGGGUGCUUUUAAUUCCCUUUGAUUAUCAAAUGCGAAAAAGUUGACAAAUCUUAAGAGCUAAAGAUCGUAUAUACUUAUUGCACAAUCCAAGAAAAUAGAAAUCAAGGAUUAGGUAUUAUGAUUAUCAAGUCUAAAUUUGAGCUCAAUAAUUAAGGAUACUGGACAGAGGAGGUAUAUGGAAUCGCUGAGUCAGGUUUAAACUAAAAUUCUGAUAAAGAUUGCUCUAUUUGCUUAAGUGAAAAAAUAGAUACCAUAAUCUUACCCUGUCGCCAUAUGUGUCUAUGUUAUGAUUGCUGCUAAGACCUAAAAACAAAAGCAAACAAAUGUCCAAUCUGUAGAUAAUCUAUGUCAAAUUUCUUAAAGCUUGUCUAAUACAAAGAAUAAAAUCCUUAGUGGAAUCAAUAAUAGUCCUAAAAUUUCCCUCAAGGAUAAUAACAAUAAGGUUAAUACUAGUAUUAAAAUUAAGGAUAAUACCAAUACGGAUAACAACAACCUUAUGGCCAAUAACCUCCUCAAGGACAGUAUCCAAACGGAUAAUAAGGUCCUUAUGGGUAAAUACCAUACUAAUGA